CAAAGAAUAAGCAAUUAUUAACUUAAUAGAUUAGAUUGUACCAUACAAUUUGAAAGUCGUGAAGAGAAUUCAUAAUGCUUAUCCGGUUAAUGAUACUUCGCUAGGUUACGAAUUAAGGUUACACCAUUUUUUUAAAUGUGACUUUAAAAGUGAAACGCAUGUUAAGCCUGUUAAUGUAUUUCUUGCGAGCAUGAAUAUCUUUUAUUCAAUCUAUGAUAGACACAAAAUCUACAUACAGUCUUUUAAGUACGUGUUUGAAAGGCUCUUGCGUUGUUUGAAACGCUUUUCUCGAAUAAUACAUGUCUAGACGUUUCUAAUGAGCACGUUUAUCCAUUGUUUCCGUCUUCCUAUUACCAUUUACAUUUCAAAAUACCUAUGAAUGAGACGGGAGAUCGCGUUUAGGCGCAAUCCUGUGUAAUAGCUUAUUAACAAUCAACAAGUAGCAGUGAAUCAGUGUUCAAUUUGGAGUGUGAAAAGUGCGUGUUUCACAAUUUUUAUCAAUGUAACAGUUUCGAUUUCGCGAAAUGUGUGAUAUCCUACAGCUAAAUAAUGUGCCACAAAUAAAUGCAAAGUACACGUUGCAUUGACAGUUCAGUACGGCAGACAAAACAUAGAGAGUGUAAAGAAGACAAAUGGAACCUGGAACCAGGAUGACGAGGACACGGAUGAAGAGGAGUGCGAGUCGCGGCACGUUGAGAACCAAAACGUUCAGAACCUGCAGACGGAGAGCAACAUGCAGAAUGGGACAGCGUUGGGUCACAACGUCAUAGCCAGGACCAAGGAUCUGAUUUUGGUGCCGGUGCCGGAGGUGCAGAAUCAGAAGAAUCACUUGGAGGAAACAAAAGCGGAGAAUUCACAGACGCCCGCCCAAUCCGCCAGUAAAAAUGAGGCUCUAAUUCGUAGAAAUUCGUUCGAAACACUAAAAAGGGAGUUCGAGCCUGCAAUUUGUUUGGAUUACAUCAAGGCUGGCGUUGAAGCCAUUAUCGAGGAUGAAGUAACGUCUCGCUUCGAGGCAGAAGAGCUCAAAAACUGGAAUCUUUUAACUAGAACGAAUAGGCUUUACGAAUUUAUUUCUUGGAAGCUAACUGUAAUAUGGAUGUGUGGAUUUUUUAUGCGUUAUUGCUUCCUCCUACCGUUGAGGAUAGUCUUAUGUUUCAUUGGGUUACAGUAUUUGAUAAUUUCAACAUGUAUUGUCGGCUUCCUACCAAAUGGUCCUUUUAAAAAUUGGAUAAACGACAUAGUUUGUCGUUUAGCGUUCAGGAUAUUAGUACAGUCUUUGACAGCUGUAAUUACUAUCCAUAAUCCAAAGUACAAACCACAGUGCGGAGGAAUAUGUGUGGCAAAUCACACUUCCACAAUUGAUGUGUACAUCUUAUCCACGCAGACAACAUUCUCCAUGGUAGGUCAGAGGCAUGGUGGAUUUUUAGGUAUUCUACAGAGAGCCUUAGCGCGUUCCUCGCCGCAGAUUUGGUUCGAACGGUUCGAGGUAAAAGACAGAGUCGCAGUUGCGAAACGAUUAAGGCAACACGUGUCUGAUCCCACGAAUCCACCAAUUCUUAUUUUUCCUGAAGGAACUUGUAUAAAUAACACAUCGGUUAUGCAAUUCAAAAAAGGAAGUUUCGAAGUUGAUAGUGUUAUUUAUCCAGUUGCGAUAAAGUACGAUGCAAGAUUCGGAGACGCAUUCUGGAAUAGUAGUCGAUACUCAAUGUUACAAUACUUAUACAGGACAAUGUCGAGUUGGGCUAUAGUUUGCGAUGUUUGGUAUCUCCCUCCGAUGUAUAGGAACGAGGGAGAGAACGCUAUUGAUUUUGCUAAUAGGGUAAAGUCUGUGAUAGCAAGGCAAGGAGGUCUGGUCGAUUUACAAUGGGAUGGCCAGCUUAAGAGAAUGAAACCGAAAAAAGAAUGGCGAGAAAAACAACAGGAAGAAAUUAGUAAACGAAUUAAGGGCGAGUGAAUGAACUCAUCUCUAGUCACACUUUCGCGAUCGAUAUAAAUGUGUGAUAUUUUGUUUAGAAAAAAUUUACCCAAUGCGCUGUUUCAUCUCCUUUGUAGAUAUCCAUCUGCCCAAGGGUAAAAAAUGGCUCGUAUGCAUUAUUCAGUUUAUUUAUUUUGGCAGGUAUGGUACGCAGCGUCUUCUUUUAUAAUAAUUUUUUAUAUAGAAGAAAUCAAUAUUGUAAUUGUUCAUUUUAUGGUAACAAAAUUCUCAUAGUACAAAUUGAACGGAAUGUAUACUCGAAAGAGCCGCGGGUACCACAUUUGCCAGUUCUUAAUAGCCAGAUUCUCUGAUGAGGCAUUAUAAAUUUGUUAUUUAUACAUAAUGAAGUCUCUAAUAUAUACCGACGAUGUGUGAUUUUUGCGUGUGUGCGUGUGAAGGUAUGUGUCAUCAAAAAGUCCAGCUCAUUCUAUUCGCAUUCUUACAUUUUUAGGAUCACCUCAUUAUUUCAUUGUUUUGUAUCUUGUUCGAUAAUUUGUUUUAAGUCCAUCUGAUAUUAUGUAGGAAAAAUUGCAUUUUUUUCUUUUUGUAAAAAUGAUAGGAACUGUCCUGUCUCUACUUUAGCAAAUAAACUACUUAUUCAUACGUCUCAGAGAACAAAGUCAGCAUACACCAGGCUAUACCACGGUACUGUACCCAUCCCUAGGUAGAUUAUUUUAAACGCGUACAUUGCAAUCUGAGGGCAUAUUUUCGAUUUUAUAAUUAAUCGGUGAAAUUUAGGAAGAGGUGUAUACAAGACGUGUGAAAAUACAAAUUCAUUAUAUUUGUACAAAAGCAGAUCAUAAACUUCAUUCACUAUUCACAAUCUAGUUGAUAUUUAAGUUGUGGAUUUCAAUUAACGUUAGGUCAUUGUCUUUAAUACAAUUUUUAUUGAUAUUCUUUUAAUUUAAGUAUGUAUACUAUGAUCAAUUAAAACAAUCUAUAGUUUUAAGUUUUCUGUUACGAAGUUCGCAGGUGCUAGUAGAGGAUAAAAAUUUUGCACUGAGGAAAACGUUGUAUUGUUCUAGAAACUAAAUAUUCUUAUAACAACAAUACCGAUUAUGUAACGAUUUAUGUAAAACAGUUAGUCGAAAUUGAAAUAUUAGUUCAGGAAUCAGUUAGAAUUACGGUGCUAUGUACGAGGGAUAUUGUUUAAUUUUUUAUACAGGAAAGUGCUAAAAUAUAUUUUUAUCUAGCAUUGAAAAACAUGUAGACAAAACGUAGAAAAUGGAUCCUGUACUUGUCAAAUUAUUUGACAGCAGCGUAAAUAUUAUUAGGAAUAACACGUAUUGAUGUUUAACACGUUCCGUGCCACGUGUACCAUAAAUGGUACAUGCAGAAAUAUUUAUUUAAUGCGCUGGAACAUCAAAUAGCCUGAACGACAAGUUUGGCAAAAACGGCUUGUUACGGCACGAAACUUGUUAAUAGCGAUUCUGCUUUCAGGUAUGAAAAGUAUUGUAUAUACAAUAUGCUAGUCACUGAUAUACUUACUUCACAGAGAGAUACAGCACAAAUGAAUACUUAUAUUUAAUUGUUAUGUACUCUUCCUGCCUAGAUUAUACUGUAUAUUUUAUAAUUUAAAUACCUAUAUUAAUUCCAUGUAAAAUGAGAGCAGAGGUUCACAUGCAUCAAUGGACGAUA